GGAGCCAAUGGGCACGCUCGGGAGAGCCCGGCUGGCGGCGGCGGCCGGCCGGGCGCGCACUCUCGGGAUGGACGGCGAGCGCCGGGCAUCUCAGGCGCUCUCCUCGGGCCUCCCGGAGGGGGGCGCCGGCGGGGAGAGCCCGGGGGACGGCGGCCCCGUCCCGGGCAGCAGCUGCUCGUCGGCCCUGCUGCAGGCCGAGGUGCUGGAUCUGGACGAGGACGAGGACGACCUGGAGGUGUUCAGUAAGGAUGCCUCACUGAUGGACAUGAAUUCCUUCAGUCCUAUGAUGCCAACGUCCCCUUUAUCAAUGAUAAACCAAGUCAAGUUUGAAGAUGAGCCAGAUUUGAAGGAUCUCUUCAUUACAGUUGAUGAACCUGAAAGCCAUGUUACUACAGUUGAAACUUUCAUUACAUAUAGGAUUAUUACUAAGACAUCUCGGGGGGAAUUUGACUCCAGUGAAUUUGAAGUUAGGAGACGUUAUCAAGAUUUCCUUUGGUUGAAAGGAAAACUUGAAGACGCACACCCCACUCUGAUUAUUCCACCAUUGCCAGAAAAGUUCAUAGUGAAAGGAAUGGUGGAACGGUUUAAUGAUGACUUCAUUGAGACACGCAGGAAGGCACUGCAAAAAUUUUUGAACCGAAUUGCCGAUCAUCCAACUUUAACAUUCAAUGAAGACUUCAAAGUUUUUCUUACUGCACAAACUUGGGAACUCUCUUCUCACAAGAAGCAAGGGCCUGGAUUGCUGAGCAGGAUGGGACAGACAGUCAGAGCUGUGGCAUGGUCAAUGAGAGGAGUUAAAAGCCGCCCAGAGGAGUUCAUGGAAAUGAAUAACUUUAUUGAAAUGUUUAGCCAGAAAAUAAAUUUGAUAGAUAAAAUAUCUCAGAGAAUUUACAAGGAAGAAAGGGAAUAUUUUGAUGAAAUGAAAGAAUAUGGCCCAGUUCAUAUUCUGUGGUCGGCAACAGAAGAAGAUCUGGUUGAUACUCUAAAAAGUGUUGCCAGCUGCGUUGACAAAUGCUGUAAAGCCACUGAAAAACGGAUGUCUGGACUCUCAGAGGCUCUGCUUCCUGUUGUACAUGAGUAUGUGCUUUAUAGUGAAAUAUUAAUGGGUGUUAUGAAAAGAAGAGACCAAAUACAAGCAGAACUGGAUUCCAAAGUUGAAGCUUUGACUUCUAAAAAGGCAGAUACUGAUCUGCUUACAGAAGAAAUUGGAAAACUUGAAGAUAAAGUGGAAUGUGCUAAUAAUGCCCUGAAAGCAGAUUGGGAAAGAUGGAAACAAAAUAUGCAAAAUGAUAUCAAGUCAGCAUUUACAGAUAUGGCUGAGGAGAAUAUCCACUAUUAUGAGCAGUGCCUUGCUACAUGGGAAUCCUUCCUUACGUCACAGACCGACCUCCCCCUGGAAGAAGCGUCUGAAGAUAAACCUUAAUCCCAUGGAGACUUCCGUGUGAUGUUUGGGACAUAGUAUCUAUUAACCAAAAUUAUUCUUUCUGGAUGGGCCGUGUCCUUUAUAUAGUGGAUGAAAAUAUUUCACACUAUCUGGAAAACCAACAACUUGCAACUCAGGUAUUCCAGAUCAUUGAUAUGAAUUUGGGUAUAUAUAUAUAUAAAUGUUUGGCUUAGUUUUAAUUAUGUUCUUAAAUUUGUAUGCCAAUAAUUACAUCUGGAAAAUUUUUUUCUUAAAUAUUUGUGUGUGGAACCUGUCAUUUUAAAUAUAUUGUAAAGACUCAGUUUUAAUAAAAAAUUUAA